GAGUGUACCAUCCUCAAAAGCCGUCACAAAUCCGAGUGGUAUUUGACUCCAGCGCGCAGUUUGAAGGUAUGUCGCUCAACACAGUGCUGUUAUCAGGACCCAAUCUGAACAACAGUCUAUUAGGCGUGCUAGUGAGAUUCAGGAAACAUCCAGUUGCAGUAACCGCAGAUAUCCAGCAGAUGUUCUAUUGCUUCCUGGUGCGCGAGGACUGCAGAGAUGUACUGAGGUUUGUCUGGCACAAAGACAACGAUCCACAGAAAGAGCUCGUGGAUUACAGGAUGUGCGUGCAUGUAUUUGGAAACAGCCCCUCGCCUGCUGUAGCCACAUAUGGUUUGAGGAGGGCUGCGCAGGAAGGAGAAGCCAAAUACGGGUCAGAUGUUCGCCAUUUCAUUGAGCGUGAUUUUUAUGUUGAUGAUGCUUUAAAGUCUGUUCCCACCGAACAUGAUGCUAUCGACCUCCUGAAACGGACACAAGACAUGCUAGCAGACUCAAACCUUCGCCUCUUAAAAAUAGCAUCAAAUAAGGUUGAAGUGAUGGACGCAUUCUCACCUCAAGACCGAGCCAAGGAUCUCCAAAAUCUGGACCUGUUCGAGGAUGAACUCCCAGAUCAGCGCAGUCUUGGAGUAAAGUGGAAUAUAAUGGAGGACUAUUUCACUUUUCACAUUCCUCACGCUGAAAAGCCAUACACACGAAGAGGAGUCCUUUCAACUGUGAACAGUGUGUUUGACCCGCUCGGGUUUUUGGCCCCAGUCACCGUUCGAGGACGUCUGCUUCUAAGAGAGUUGUUGCUACAGACAACAGAGUGGGACUCACCUCUCCCAGAGGAUCUGAAAGGCAGAUGGAUAGAAUGGCAACAGUCCCUCCAAUGCCUCAGCAAAGUCAAUGUUCCACGCACUUACACUAAAAUGUCACUGUCACAGGCUGAAUGUGUAGAACUUUGUGUCUUUUCAGAUGCGUCCAUGAAGGCAAUAUGUGCAGUUUCAUACCUCAAGGUCACCACUGGGGAUGGCAAGACAGAGGUUGGGUUUGCCCUAGGUAAGGCACGACUCGCUCCACAGCCAGAACUCACUGUACCUAGGCUCGAACUCUGUGCCGCAGUAAUGGCGGUUGAAAUGGCAGAGGUCAUAUGUGAAGAGAUUGAUCACCCUAUAGACAAAACUAGUUUCUAUACAGACAGCAAGGUGGUUCUUGGUUAUAUUCAUAACCAAUCCAGACAUUUUUAUGUCUAUGUAAACAAUCGUGUGUGUCGUAUUAGAGAGUCAACUACUCCAGAACAAUGGCAUUUCAUUACGACCGACCAGAAUCCUGCUGACCACGGCUCACGAUCAGUUCCAGCUGCUGAGUUAGAACACACGACAUGGUUCACAGGUCCAGCGUUUCUCCAGUGCUCUUCAUACAUCCAUCUAGAGCAGACUGAUUACAAAUUGCUGGACCCAGACAACGACGCAGAGGUACGCCCAGAGGUAAAGACGCUUUGCACUAACAUAACAAAGGAAGUUUUGGGCUCAGGACGUUGGGAGCGUUUCUCCACAUGGUGCUCACUUCGGAAAACCAUGUCAAACUUGAUUCACAUCGCACAAUGCUUUUCACAAUCAAACGUUGAGCCAAACUGUAAAGGAUGGCACAUUUGUAAAACGGCCAUCACCCCAGAACUGUUAGAUCAAGCAGAGACAAUGAUCAUUAAAAAUGUGCAGUUCGAAACAUAUGCAGACGAGAUAAAGCGGAUCUCUGAAAAACAGAACCUCCCUAAAAACAGCUCGCUGGUAAAACUAAACCCUGUGAUUGGAAGUGACAAUCUGCUGAGAAUCGGUGGUCGCAUUAAUCGUGCGGGGCUGGGAGUAAAAGACACCAACCCUGUAAUCUUGCCAGGCAGUCACUACAUCACUACCCUCCUUGUGCGCCACCACCAUGAGAAAGUAAGCCAUCAAGGCAGGCAUUUUACAGAGGGCGCUGUCCGAGAAAGUGGCUUGUGGAUUGUGGGAGGGAAAGGAUGCAUUAGCAGAGUCAUAAGUAAAUGUGUGACAUGCAAGAAGCUGAGAGGGAAGUUUGAGGAGCAAUUAAUGAGUGAUUUGCCCGUAGAUCGCCUCCAAGUUGAGCCUCCCUUUUCUUACGUGGGCAUGGACAUGUUUGGCCCAUGGGAAGUAACUACAAGGCGAACAAGAGGGGGACAAGCAAACAGAAAGCGGUGGGCAAUAUUAUUCACGUGCCUGUGUACAAGGGCUGUCCACAUUGAAGUAGUGGAGGAGAUGAGCUCUUCGAGUUUCAUUAACGCACUGAGGCGUCCGAGGACCCGCAAAACAACUGCGCUCAGACUGCGGCACUAAUUUCAUUGAUGCUCACAAAGAGAUGGCCACAAAUGCACCAGAGAAAGACAAAGUGCAACACUUUCUGCAGGACCAGAAGUGUUCCUGGGUUUUCAAUCCUCCCCAUUCUUCCCACAUGGGGGGAGUAUGGGAACGGAUGAUUGGUUUAGCACGGCGAAUACUUGAUAACAUGCUGCUGCAAACUGGUCAUGUUCAACUCACUCAUGAGAUUUUGACCACAUUUCUUGCAGAAGUCACAGCUAUAUUAAAUGCACGACCGUUGUUGCCAGUAUCAUCAGACCCAGAACAUCCUCACAUUCUCUCACCGGCAAUGCUGCUGACACAAAAGACUGGAGUUGUACCCACCAUCUGUGAUGGUGUAGGACCCAAAGAAAUGCUCAGAAGCCAUUGGAAGCGGGUUCAGUUCCUUGCAGACACUUUCUGGAGCAGAUGGCGCAAGGAGUAUCUGCACAGCCUCCAAAUUCGUCAAAGGUGGCACCACAAGAACAUUGACAUUAAACAGGGAGAUGUCGUUCUCCUCAAGGACAAACAAACAAGAAGAAAUGAGUGGCCAAUGGGCGUAAUCAUAAAGACAGUUGCAAGCGAAGAUGGAAUCAUCAGAAAGGCCGAAGUUAGAGUUGCUUCCAAGGGAAAUGUUAAGACUUAUUAUAGACCCAUUUCUGAAAUGGUUUUUCUGUUAUCUAGUGAUGUUUAGAUAUCUGUUGUGGUAUCCCUAAGAUACCAGGCGGGGAGUGUUCUGACUAUUGUCAAAUUUGUACAUGUUUUGUUUGGUUAGUGCACUGGCCCUUUAAGAGAAAGGCAUGGUCUGUGUGCAGACAGGGGAAGUGUAAAAAGACUCAGACAAUCGACUGAUUAGUGUGAUCUAUGCUGUGAAAGGCUGAUAAAAAGGCAUUCCCUUUUCACACCUGCCAUAUAAAGCAAAGUCUAAACCCACUCUGGCGUCAGUGACUUUUGUGUGGAGGUGUUUAACUCCUGGAUAGUAGAAAGUGGUUCUACGAGGCCAGUACACUUUCCUUGUGCUCAGCUACAUGCGUGAUUCUCCCGUGUCUAACUUUGCCUCUCUGUGUAUGACUCCUGUCACAGUUCCAUUGGAUUUACUUCCUGCUAGCGGCCCAAGAUGAACAGUCUUCAUUUGAAGAAUUAGUCUCUCUGUCACCCAAAUCAAUAGUCACCUGAGGGAGAGAGAGAUGGAAAAACACUCCAAAUCCCAUAAGCCUCUGUUCUGUUCUGUGUUUAGUUCCCCGUUGCUUCCACCUCUUCUGUCGUCAACUUCCGCUCAUGCUCGUUCGCCUUUGCCUCUGCGAGAGCCCAUGCAAAUUGGUGGCUCAUGGAUUUCCCCAGAAGAGCGGGAGCGAUGAUUUUGUUCUGGGGAGUGCCUAUGCUGCGGAAGGUCCGGCCAUCUCAUCAUCACCUGCCCGGUUCGCCCAAAAUUGUGCAGCCCCUCAGUAAGUUCAGGUGGGGUGGACGGUGCCUUAACCCUUUCACGCAUAGUGGUCGCUACAGUGGACAGCUAUUCAAAGGCUGUUUUCUUGUAUUUGUGUCAGUGUUGAUUGUAUACUUGCACAUAAACCACUACAUAGGAC